CCUCGCGCAGCCAGUCUCCCGCCGCCGCCGCUGCCGGACGCGCAGAGCGUGGGGUGGCAGGGCCCGCGGCGGCCGGCCGAGCGAGCGCAGGGUCGCGGUGCGGGGGGCCCGUGCCCCGCCACGACGCGGCUCGUGUUUGCUGCCCUUGCAGAGCGCCCGGAUCGCAGGUACAGGCUCAAGGCCGUCUGCCGGCCCCCGCUGCGUCCCCGCGCGAUGGCUGGGCUACUGAAGAGGAAGUUUGACCAGCUGGACGAGGACUCCUCUUCGCUGUGCUCAUCGUCCUCCUCCUCACUCUGCUCCUCUGGUGGACCCUCUCGCUCCUGCUCCCCGACCUCCUCCGUCCCCCUGGCCUGGGACUCGGACCAGGAAGGCCCCUGGGAUCAAGUGCCCUUGCCUGUCCGUGACUUCUGCAGCUCCCCAAGUUUUACCCCUCCAUCCAUCCUGAGGCGGGCUUCUCGCAAGCGCCCCAGCCGCGUCGCCUUCGACGGCAUCACCGUCUUCUACUUCGCCCGGUGCCAGGGCUUCACCAGCGUGCCCAGCCGCGGGGGCUGCACCCUGGGCAUGGCCCCUCGCCACAGUGCCUGCCGCCACUUCUCCAUGGCCGAGUUCACGCUGGAGCAAGCCCAGGCACGGCAGGAGAAGCUCCGCCUCCGCUUGAAGGAGGAGAAGCUGGAGGUGCUGAGGUGGCAGCAGCCCGACGCCGCCGGGACGCCUCUGACAGUGGACGCCAUCGACGACGCCUCCGUGGAGGAGGACUUGGCCGUGGCUGUGGCCGGUGGCCGGCUGGAGGAAAUGGCCUGCCUGAAGCCCUACCCGGCCCGGAAGCGGCGGGCACUGCUGCGGGCCGCCGGGGUGCGGUGGAUCGACCGAGAGGAGAAGCACGAGCUGCAGGCGCUGCGCCAGUCCCGGGAGGACUGCGGCUGCCGGUGCGACCGGGUCUGUGACCCCCAGACCUGCAGCUGCAGCCUGGCGGGCAUCAAGUGCCAGAUGGACCACACGGCCUUCCCCUGUGGCUGCUGCAAGGAGGGCUGCGAGAACCCCGAGGGCCGGGUGGAGUUCAACCAGGCGCGGGUGCAGACCCACUUCAUCCACACCCUCACCCGCCUGCAGCUGGAGCAGGGGGCCGAGGGCACCCAGGAGCAGGAGGACCCCGCCCAGGGCGCCCCGGCCAGCCCUGGGGAUCCGGCCCUGGCUCCCACGUUCUCGCUGGCCAAGCCGCCCGGGAGCGGCGAGCUGGGCGACAGCAGCUGCAGCAGCGACAUGACCGCCUCGUCCGCCGCGUCGGGCUCGAGCGAGGCCCUCGGUGGCCCUGGGCACCCGGCCCUGCCUGGCCCUGGCCUCCAGCCCGGCAUGGAUGAUGACAGCCUGGCGCGCAUCCUGAGCUUCAGUGACUCGGACCUGGGUGGAGAGGAGGAGGACGAGGAGGAGGACGCGGGGAUGGGGAACCUCGACAACCUCAGCUGCUUCCACCCCGCCGAUUUCUUCGGCACUGGCGACCCCGCGGGCCUGGCCAGCUGGACCCACAGCUACUCUGGCCUCCCCACGGGCCUCCUGGAUGAAAACGCCAACCUCGAUGCCAGCGGUUUCCUCAACAGUGGAGUGCUAGAGUGCUCGGGGGGAGGCGGCCUCCCCGGCCCCUCGGGGCCGCCCCGCACGGACGCCGGCCACAGUAGCUCCGUGGACCUCAGCUUGUCUUCCUGCGACUCCUUGGAGCUGCUGCAGGCCCUGCCGGACUACAGCCUGGGCCCCCACCCCACCGCCCGGAAGGUGACCGACAGCCCCGACCACCUGGAGGCCCACCUCUUCCCCUUGCCCGCCUUCUCCCCGCCCAGCGACACCAGCACCUGCUUCCUGGAGUCCAUCCUGGGCCUGUCGGAGCCGCCAGCCGACACCCUGGCCCCCCUCAUGGACAGCCCACUGCUGGAGGACCCCACCCCAGCAUCGCUGGUAGAGCCCGUGCCCGUGUGAAAUCGGGGACCCUAUUGCUGUUUUGUUACUGGGGGAGGGGGAGCCCCCCUCUCUGAAGCCCAUGUGUAAAGUUGGCCUGACUCAUCCGUGUGGCUCAUCCCGUCUUCAUGCAACACUCGGGAUUGACAUGAUUUUUUUUUUUUUUUGUAACUGUGCUGCCAGGUGGGGCAGGGGACUUCCCUUGGUAGCCCCCUCCUCCCUACCUAUCCCCAGCCCGAUCUCUGGCGCCUGCUCCUCUGGCUCCCCUGUGGUGUCAGCUGCGUCCAAAGACAGCAAGUCUGGAAUCAGCCCCUGGCUUCUCUGUGCCACCCCCGAGCCCCAGACCCACGGGCGGUGGAAUCCUCUGGACUGUGAAGACUAUAAUUUAUUUCCAUAAUUUAUUUGGAGACGAGGCAGAUUAGCCUCUAGCCUCCUCCGCUCCAGCUGGUGGGUAGUGUUGGGGUCAGGGUGGGGCAAAGGUCUCAGAGGCGCCUCUGCCUGCAGCCCCUGUGGCUCCCGGCGGGGUCUUCGGUGAAAUCCGGGUGUGGAUUGAAGCCCCACGGCCCACACUUUGGCGGCUGCUCCCGAGGACGGCUGAGCAGGGCCGAGCAGGCGGGCGCGGCUCCAUGGUGGCGGGGCAAGGACUGGGCCAUCAGGGCCCCUCCUGUGGAGGGCUGCAAGGCCCCCUAGCCCGGCCCUAGCUACUCCUGGGGCUCGGGAGCACUGAGCCCCGCCCGGGUCCUUCAUUUGCUGAGAUGGGCAUUUUGUGCCCCGACUCUGAUCCCGCCCGCUCCCCAGCACUGGACGGCUAAUUUAUUUGUGUUUCUGUGUCUGUGCCAAGAAGCCCGGCCCCGGGUCUGCCCCUGCCCAGGAGGCUGACCAGGGCCCGGGUGCCUGUGGGCCCACCUGUACCCGAGCUUCCAGGUACCAAUAAAGAGGCUCUCGUGAA